AUGGUCAGUAUGGAAGCAUCAACUGUUGACGCCCUUGUAAAGUUCUGCUACUCUGGAGAGAUAAACAUUAGUGACACCAAUGUAUUGAGCAUUCUACCCGCUGCUCGUAUACUUCAACUGGACCAAGUUGAGGAGUUGUGUUGUGAGUUUCUGAACAGGAAAAUGGAGCGAUCCAAACCGGUAAUUCCCGCGAUCGCAGGUAGUAAUUCAUGCUCUGAGGCUGACGAGGAUAUCUUGCACAAAUUCGAGAAUGCUGUUAAUACGGAGAAAUCGCAUAAGAUUCUGCUUAACCAAGUAGUGGAUCUAAUUCUACGUGAAGAACAAAGUGCACGAUCAGUGGAGCAGGUACAGGGACCAGUUUGA